AGUGGGGAAGAGAAUCUUGGAGGGAAGGACAAGGGUGUUCUGAGAGGGCAGAGAAGGCAAAACAUAGCGAUCGCACAAGAAGUUGGAGGCAGAGGAAGGUCAAGGAGGAGAUCUACAUCCAAGUUUCAAGGCAGAGCAGCAGAUACAAGGGGGUUGAAGCUAAUUACCAUCAACACUCCAAUGCAACAGAAUGCCAGCGUUCUCAUUCGCUUCCGGCCCCGGGACUCUGAGAAGCGAGGGGAAAUCAUGCUGACGAGGGAGGGAAUACAAAGUCUCUUUCACCUCCGGCAAAUAGACGCCGCGAAACAGCUGGUAAUUCCUCGAUUACGUCACAUAUCCUAUUGCUCGAUGAACAUUUACCUCCUACCCCUGGCCUCUAUCUCUUUUUGUCCUCAAUAGACUUCUACUGAUCAGAUGCAUCGCUCAGGGUGUGUCGCUCAGCUCCCUCAAGGCCGCCUGCCGCAAGCUCGGCAUCGAAAAGUGGCCCUACAGCCGUGAGCGCGCCGACCGCCAGGGCUCCAUGUCGGAAGAGAGCAUUGAGAGGGAGGAGGAGGAAGCAUCGAUGACGACGACAGCAGCAGUGAGCAUUGCAGCGAUCGAAAAUGGGAAUGAGCCUUCUCUUGAUCCCGGAUGGAUCUCGUGGUAUGUAGAGGAGUCUGCUUUGGAGGACACAGGCUAAUUGAAAGGGAAGUUGAACAAACAGCAAGUUUUGUAAGGGUAAAGCAUAGGUUUCGAGGGCGAAAGGGACAUGAAGAAUAGAGUUCCCCGAGAGGUAACUAGAACAAUUAGUGUUGUUCUUCUUGCUUCAUAACAAGCGAAUGUGGUCUACCGU